UGUUAUCUAACCCAGUUCACAUAAGCUCACAAAAAUUUAAUAAAAUGGCUUCAUUUUCAAUCACCACCACCACCUUAUCACGCCUUUCUUGCUUUCGAUUUACCACAUCGACUACUCCACUUUUCUCUUCAAUUCCCUUUUUUAACUCCCCAAAACCUAAGAUUCCUAGUCAAUUUCGUUUGUUCUCAAUGGCGUCAGAGCUCAAAGAAUCGCCUGCUAAUAACCCUGGUCUUCAAACCACUCCGGAUGAGGCCACCAAAGGGUACUUUAUGCAACAAACCAUGUUUCGAAUCAAGGACCCCAAAGUCAGUCUUGAUUUCUAUUCUCGCGUGCUGGGGAUGUCGCUACUUAAGAGGCUGGAUUUCCCUGAAAUGAAGUUUAGCCUGUACUUUUUGGGCUAUGAGAAUACUGCAACAGCUCCAAGUGACCCAGUUGAUAAAACAGUUUGGACCUUCGGGAGGCCAGCUACAAUUGAGCUAACACACAAUUGGGGAACUGAAAGUGAUCCCGAAUUCAAAGGUUAUCAUAAUGGAAAUUCAGAACCUCGUGGCUUUGGGCACAUUGGUAUCACUGUUGAUGACACAUACAAGGCCUGCGAGAGGUUUGAAAGUCUUGGAGUAGAGUUUGUAAAGAAACCAGAUGAUGGAAAAAUGAAAGGUCUAGCAUUCAUUAAAGAUCCUGAUGGCUAUUGGAUUGAAAUCUUUGACCUCAAAAGUAUUGGAAAAAUUACUAGCAGUGCUGCUUGAUAUGAUGUGGCCCAAAGUGCAGGUAAGGUGGGAUGACAUUGAUAGGGCUUCACGAAUUUCGCAUUUUUAAUUGGAUGUCUACGAAGAGUUGCAUUGUAGUAUCCAUGCUUUGAUGUGGUCUCCAAUAUUUUCUAGACUUAAAACUUUUUCCCCAGUAAUAAAAGUUUGGUUGAAGCCCCUCUUCCUUUCCUUGUCUCUUUCUUUUUGAUUGUUAUGGGACGAUGUUAAAGAGUAAUACUUUUAUGUAAAUUCAAGCCCAGGACCUGUCUUUAUUCUGCUA